ACUCUCCUAAAAACAUGAUUAUUGCAGAUGACAUCACAUCACACAAACAAACCCUCCUUAGUACCUACUCUGCAGUGACAACAUGUUGGGGGAUUCUGCAAGUAUGUCUAUGGCAUUCACAAUUCACAUGUUAGCAAACACUGCCAAAACAGUUUAAGAUAAGAUAAACUAUGAAAUGGAUUUAAACAGCAUAUAAUUAUGAGCCUGCAGUCAAUACAAGCGUUUGUGGUCCUGUUUUGUUUGUCAACUAAAAAGAUUCCUGCUCUCAUAUGGGACCAAAACUGACACGCCCUGUUCGUAGGGAGCGUGCAGCUGAGACAUUUGUUGAUGGAGAUGGUGACAUGAACCGCCGUGCUCAUAGGACAACUUCCUUUUGGAGGAGAGUAAAUUUACCUGAAACACUUGUUAACGGCAAUGGCAACUUUAACCGCCAUGCACAUUGGAAAACUCGCUCGAGGAGUGAAGAUUUACCUGAGAAAUGCUAUAACCCCAAUGAUAAUACUCUGACCUUUGUUGAUGGAGAUGAUGACAUGGACUUUCUCUGCAUUGGUUACAAAUCUCUGAGAGCACGGAUGUCCUGUGGUCACACUGUAACUCCCACAUCUCUCACGGAUUGGUGUCUGAGGCAGUUGGAAGAGGGUUCGACCAGAUUUAAAUGUGGUAAAUGUGAAGGGGAGUGGACGUAUGAAGAAGUUUGUAAAAUGGCCCUUUUGACACUGGAGGAAGAGAAAGACUUUGACAGCAAGCUUUUUAAGAAUGCAGCCAACGUCCAUCUGAAUGUCAAAUUGUGUCCUGGCUGCAAGUGUCUCGUUGUGAGGGAAAAUCUCAAUGACCUGUGUGUAAAGUGUCCAAAAUGCACCACCAAUAAUAUUAAACCCUAUAAAUUCUGCUGGCAGUGUUUGAGGGAAUGGAAAGGUCCAAUUCCAGCUUCAGAACGCUGUGAAAAUGAAGACUGCUGCAAUGAGCAACUGAAGACUCUGAAAAACUGUCCUGUUAUCAUUUUUAAGAAUGUAGGCCUACUUGGGAUCAAAGACUGCCCCAGUAUUCGAGCCUGUGUCUUUUGUGGUAAACUACUGGAGCACAGUGGGAUGAAAUGUAAAUUUGUUAUUUGUAAGAGAUGUAAAACUAAGUUCUGUUUUGUGUGCUUAAAGUUAUUUCCAGAAUGUCAGAAUUAUUUUGAAAUAUGUAAAAGUGGAGUGUCCCCUCGACAGACAGCUAUACCUGUGUGGGAUGGGAAAAUAGCUAACAAUGCCAACAUCAACGUGGAAGAGUGAAAAAUUACCAUGUUAUAUGCUGAUUGAUAAAAUUUUUAUAUUUUCUGAUAAAUCUGAUUUCAGUUAAUCAUUUAUUUCAUACUUGGUUGUUCAAUUCUGACUUCACACAUUACUGUCAUGAGAGUCAACUUAACAUUACAGUACUUAAAACACAACUUUUCCAUAUCAUUUGUACACUUACAAUAAUGACAGUACGUAAAUAAUAAUUACAAGGUUUUGUUAUGGUGACCCAUUUUAUCAAAUACAAAGAUUUUUGUGUUGUUUUUUUUGAAUAUGACAAGACUGAGCUGUUGUAGUGUACAGACCAAUGUAUUUUCUUGCAUACAGUAUUUAAAGAUAUUUUUAAUUGAGUAUAAUUACCAUGUCAUAAUGUGUCAGCAAUCAAAAUUAACAAUCUGAUAAUAAUAAUAAACAUCUUUAUGGAA